GGUGGUAUGGGCGGUGAGAGGAGAGAUGAAGCAUGAUGGUAGCUGAUGGAGAGGGGCAAGUCGGUGGGCCUGAAUGUGGUGAUUGAUGAGAGGAGGGGGUGGAGGUUGGUAUGGGCGGUGAGGGGUGGGAGUAGAUGGUGAGAGGUUGGGCAGACGCAGAUGUUGGUGAUCGUGCUGGUUGAAAAGGGGUGGGUGGGGCUGGUGCGCAUGGUGGUGCAGAUUCUAAUGGAGAGAGGCAAGCAGGUGGACCUGGAUGCGGUGAUUGAUGAGGUGAUGAACGAAGGGGGCGGGGGUGGAGGAGGGGCGGGGUGGGGCGGGGGAGGGGGCGGGGGGAGGGUGGUUCGCGGCGAGAGGUGGGUGGGAGUGAUGAGAUGAGUGAGUCAGAUCAGAUGGUGACAAGUGUAUGGAUGGAGGGGGGGGGGGGUGGCAGCAUGGCAUGCUGGUGAGGAGUAGGAGGGGUUUGAGGGGAGCAGCAGCGAGGACGGGGUUGCAGUAUGUGGUGUGCGUGAUGGCGAGGGGAAUACUUGUGGAUAGGAUGAUGCAUUGAGAGAGACACAGUGAAGUGACAUGACAUGGUUGUGGUGAGAGCGAGAUUGGGCACGGGUACGUUUUUGGAAUCAAGACUACCAGUUGAAAUUUAUGUUAUAUUCACCAAGGCAGAGGUGUGACUGUUUAUUGGCCUACAGUUUUUGUACCUAUCAGGAUGAAGCAUCCUGAUUGAUCUGUUAGCAUCAUACCUCA